CCCAGCAGCCUGCCCGGAGGAUGAAUGAACCCUACAGCCCUGCAGCACCCAGACCCAUGAGCAGCACCUCGCCCAGCACCAUGAAAAUGUUCAUGUGCUUCCUCACAGUAUUUAUUGUAGCACAGAUGAUUGGGACUGUACUGUUCUGUUUAUAUCUUCACAUGAAGAUGGAUAAGAUGGAAGAAGCCUUGAGCUGAAAUGAAGAUUACGUCUUCCUGCGGAAAGUACAGAAAUGUCAGACGGCAGAAGGUCGGAAAUCGACUUUAUUGGACUGUGAUAAGAUUUUAAGAGGCUUCCAGGAUCUCCAGUGCAAGGUAGACUGCUGUUAGCCGGAUAGAGACCCUGCUGGCGGUGGAGGGGGGCUCCCAGAAACACACGCACAGCUUUAUUCAAAACCACGGGUGUCCUUUUUUAAACUGUUUUCCCAAAACGCUCUCGGCAAGAGCCCAUGUUUUCCCUCCGCAGUUUUAGAGUGGAAGGCGACGGGCUACGCCCCCAUGAACAGCCUGAUAUCCUACCAGCAGGGCAAGCUGAAGGUGGAAAGAGCCGGGCUCUACUACAUCUACUCGCAGGUCAGCUUCUGCACCAAGGCGACGGCUUCGGCACCCUUCACCCUCUAUAUUUAUUUGUACCUCCCCAUGGAAGACGACCGGCUCCUGUUGAAAGGACUGGACACGCACAGCACGUCGACGGCUUUCUGCGACCUCCAGUCCAUCCGGGAGGGCGGCGUGUUCCAGCUGCGGGAGGGCGACAUGGUCUUUGUUAACGUCACAGACUCAACGCUAGUGAACUACAGCCACGGCAGCACCUACUUCGGCAUCUUCAAGCUGUAGCGGGGAGGCCCGCCCCGCCUUUGCGGAGCAAAGGGCCUUUCCCUCUUUCCCCUAUUUAUGUUCCUCUGCGUCUUUAUUGUCUCGUUUCUUAAUUUGUAUAUUUUGUUAUUUAUUAAUGGGGGCCCAGGG